GGACGUGGCUGGCGCUGUUGUCAAUGCAAGAUGAUGUGAGAUUUUUAUGACAAAAAAUAAUCGUUUAUUCCAUUGGAAAUGUUCGAAGUCACAGACUACCAGAAAAUUGGUGUAGGCCUAACAGGCUUUGGUGUAUUUUUUCUAUUUCUUGGAGUUUUGUUUUUCUUCGACAAGGGACUUCUUGCAAUUGGAAAUAUACUAUUUUUAGGUGGAUUGGGUUUCAUAAUUGGUCUAGAAAGAACAUUUAGAUUUUUUUUUCAAUCACACAAAAUCAAAGGCAGUGCGUUUUUCUUUGGUGGCAUACUUAUUGUGUUAGUUGGAUGGCCACUUGUUGGAAUGAUAAUUGAAACAUAUGGAUUUUUUCUACUAUUUAAAGGCUUUUUUCCAGUAAUUAUUAAUUUCCUAAGAAGAGUGCCAGUGUUGGGUCAUAUACUAAGUUUACCGGGCAUUAAUUCAUUGGUUAGUCGAUUCGAAGAAUCUCGUAUACAAGUUUGAAACCCUGUUUUCUACAAACUUUCAUUGUACUUUUCUACUAAUCAGUCCUUCACCAGGGAUCAGAUAUCAGAUGACUGCAUUAAAUAAAAAAAAUAAAAAACAUGUUACCAUGGUAACUUUAUUUUUGUAUGUAUUAUUACAGUUUGUAUUUAUUGGUGACAAUGAAGAAAGUUUGGCUUGAAUCGAUUCCAGGAAAUUGACUUUGUAUGACGUGUCCAUGAAAUGUAAAAAAAAACAAAAAAAAACUGCAGCAUUUGUGUAUUAUGUAAUGUGUCAGUGUAUUUUUUUUAAAAUAUUUAGCCUGUACACUUUAAUGUUUUUACAAGAACUUUCAAUAAUGUAAAAAGCAUUGUGAUCAUGGCCUUUCAGUUUUAACUGAUGGUCAAAGAAAGAUAACCACAUUUGCUCUACUAGAAGCGAACAAUUGCACUUACUAGUAGUUUAUGCAGGAACCAUGUUACUUACCUCUGUCCUUGAUGCAAGUGCAUGUGCUGCUAAUAUAGCAAAUACGGUAGAUGACAUCAAGAUUACUGAUUAAUAAACCAAUCAUUUUAAAA